CCAUCACAUGUCACGUGAUGCAUCCGCCAUUACAACCGUGAAACCCGUGAGCCGUGAAAGAUGUAUAAAGAUGGAGGGGGCGAAUCAUGUGCGGUAUUUAACUGUUUUAACAACAGAAAAAAAAUUUAUUUGUGGAAGCAUUCUAUCUGCAAAGUUCACGGUGACAUUCUCCACAAAGAUUGUCCGUGCAUUGUUCCAUACAGCCUUCACAAGAUGCCUAAAGCGGAGCCCGAAAAACUUCGAUGGCAACGAGCACUGCAUCGCAAUGAUUUGCCGAAGAAUGUGUUUGUGUGUUCAACACAUUUUAUAGAUGGGCGACCAACUGCAAGAAAUCCCAUACCCAGUCUGAAUUUAGGUUAUGAAGCUCCCAUAAAAGUUGGUCGUCGACUUUUGAAAAGGAAGUUUGUUGCAGAACAAAAGAUGGAUGGGGCAGAAGUUAUAAAACAACAAAAACUGGCUGCUACUGCUGCAGAUGAAGUUGAAACCCUCAACAUUCAGACUGAACCAAACAUGACAUCUUCUUCUGUGCAGACGAGCAUGACAGAAAGCAGAUCUGCAGGCACACAGUGGACGGAUCUCACACUGUGUGAACAUGAAUAUGCAAGACCAUUCCUUGCAGGAUCCAGGAAUUCAGGUACACAAACAAGAGUCAUCAAGAUGGAGGAAAAAGGUGUAAACUGCAACACCUUACACGUACGUCUCAGUGCUGCUGACAUAACAACUAACUCCUUAGCCUUACUUUACACAGGACUGCCAUUAAAGACUUUUAGAACUCUUUUGCGUGUUAUGGAAAGUUUGAACAACCCACUGACAUUUACUAUGCCUGUGUCAGAUCAAGUCUUACUAGUUCUUAUUAAAUUAAGACUUAAUUUACUGUUCGCAGAUAUUGCCAACAGAUUUGGUAUAUCUGAGUCUCAUGCAUGCAAUAUUUUUAAUCAAAGACUCUCUUUUAUGGCUUCAAAACUAAAAAACUUAAUAGUUUGGCUUCCACGUGAAACAAUUAGAGCAACCAUGCCAAAGUCUUUUUGUGAGAACUUUCCCAAAACUACAGUUAUCAUUGAUUGUGCAGAAACUUUUAUUCAACGAGCAAAAAACUUGAAGACCAGAGGAGAAACAUACAGUCACUACAAGUCCAACAACACAGGGAAGUAUUUGGUUGGUAUUGCACCACAUGGUCAGAUUAUGUUUAUAUCUAAGGGCUUUGGAGGAAGGUCUAGUGAUAAAGCAAUUGUGGAAGAAUCUGGGAUUUUGAAUUACCUUCUUCCUGGGGAUGAAAUCAUGGCCGAUCGAGGUUUUACCAUCGAUGACCUACUCUUUCCUCUGAAAGUGAAACUUAACAUUCCAGCUUUUACAAAAGGUAAAGACCAACUUUCAGAAGAGGAUGUUACAGAGACCAGAAGAAUUGCCACGGUACGGAUUCACGUUGAACGGGCUAUUAGACGAUUAAAGGUGUUCCGCAUAUUGAGUCAGAUUGUUCCAGUUACGUCGGUGAAGAAACUUAGUAAAUACUUGAUUGUUUGUGCUGCAUUGGUUAAUUUAAGAUCUGACCUUAUAAAAGAUGAUGAUGAGUAAAUAAUGAUUAUGGUGAAAUUAUGAAAUUCAUUUUUCACUACUAGGGGUGGGACGAUACACUGAUACAUACUAUUUUCUAAGAUACGGUUUACAAUACAUGUAUUUAAAUAUUGGUUUGAAACAUUUCACAAACAACCUUUUGAAAUUUUUUUUCUGUAAACUCAACUUGGUUACAGACUUUCAUUAAUCAAUAUCAAUGUACAUGACUUUUUAAGAAUGAAUCUUUAGUAAGUGUUCUUG